GAAAUUGGAUUGGGUUUCAAAGAUAUCUCCUUUAACCCAAUUCAAAUUUCAAACCGUAGUUAAUUUUCCAAAAGAAACAAAGGUAACCUCGUAGGGGAGAGCGCCUGGCUUUGAGCAGAGUGUGAUCAACAAAUAAAAGGGCAGAAGAUUCAAACUUUCUACCGUCUCAUUUUCUUCCGAACCAAACACCACAAUAUUUCUUCGAAACUCCAAAUGGAGGACAAUGAUCCGUGGUUAGCCCCAGACAAGCUUCACCAUGUUCUCUUCUGCUUCUCUUUCACCCUCCUCUUCUCCACAUUAGCCGCCCGAACCCGGUUUCCGUUUCUACGUCGUCACUCUAUUCGGAUCGGAUCCAUCCUCUCUCUCUUAGCCGGCGCAGCCAAGGAGUUCGCUGACGAGCUCGGGUUCUUCAGGUCUGCCGGAGCCUCCGCUAAAGACGCUGCCGCCGAUAUCCUCGGCGUCCUGAUCGGUUCCCUUGUGCUAUAUUUGAUUAAGUACACGACUCGACCCGAGAAUGAGACGGGUCGGAUCAAAGAUGUUUCGAUGGUCUGAUCGGGCUUUUGGGUCAGUAUGGUUAAUGGGGUUGUCUGGUUUUUGAGGAAUAUUGGUGGGUUUGGGUUAGUCGGGGUCGUUGAAGAAGAGGAGUUUGUUUGGAUGGUGAGAAAGUGUGGGAAAAGGCAAGAAAGUGGAGAUUUUGAGUUUGGGAGUGGGAGAAAUUAAGAAGGUUCCACUUAAGUGAGGCAGAAGUUAGGAAAAAAAAUAAGGCAUUUCGCUUUUCAUAGUGGGCAAUCAUUCAAGCAAUUGGUUAACUUUAGGUUUUUCACUGACUUGAAUGGGAUGACAUAUUUGUACUGUGGUACUGAAUUGUUUACCUGAGGAACUACGAUGAUACGUUUUCUGUUGGAUUUCAUUCUGGAUUGUCCCUGGCAAACUUCAGCUUGUUUCGAUUUUCUUGUAUAAAACUUUUGUUUCAACCGUGAUUGUUUAUUUUAGUGAUGAAACAUUUUGCAUUUUCUGUUGUGUUUGGAUGUUAUGCACCUAGUGCUUUACUAAAAGGAACUGUACUUUUUUCUUUUAUUACAUUUUUUUCUCUAAUUGCCUGCAUGGUAUUUAUGUUACAUACGCACGUUAUAUAGGUAUGCACUUGUAUAUAUUUAUGUCUCUGUGUGUGUGCAUUCCAAGCUCAGAAACUUUGAAAGUGAAAUCCAAUAUAAUCAUGUGAAGGGAACCAUGUUCAGUGUUGGUGUUGGUGUCGAAAAUGGAAAAGAUGCAUUCACUGGGGCCUAGGCAAAAGGCCUCCUUAUUGAGUUAGUGGGCUGUCAUUGUAAUUUUCCAUGAGUUUAUUUACAUGUCAAUUGAUGGCACAUGCUAGUUAUGCUAAAAUUGAAAAAUGAGAUUAAAAUGGAAUUUUGCAUUUCAACUUUGAAGGGGACUGGGGAGAAAUAUGACAGAAGAUAGUAAAUUUCAGUCCUUCAUGCACAUUAAGUGAUUACUGGGAUUUUGGGAAAGAAUGAAACCGGUGAACAACUAUA